CAAAAGUGCAACACUACGCCAGCUCCCAUUUUUUGAAAAUGAGGUUCAGAGAUUGAUGGAAGACUCCGCAGCAACCUAGAUGACACUGACUGGGAUCCAGCCGAUGAAACUGGAAAUUAUACUUCAGUUGUGGACAAAAUUACAAGCAGUAUAAUCAUUCUACUUUCUCAAAAUGCCAAAAUUGUCGACAGAGGAGUCAUACGCAUGUGGACGCAGUCGUCGGACUCAUGUGGCCUCUGCUAUUUGCGGCCUUGUUUACGGGGGUGCAGGCUUCCUCCCUGGAGCCCUCCAUGCCCGACCGCGUCCUCGCCGUGGUGGGCUCGUGCGUGCUCAUCCCCUGCUCCUACUCCCCCUCGGAAAGGAUACGCCCCGAGGUGAACGUGCGCCUACGAGAUCACAGCCGAUUCCGCCAGUCGCGCGUGGCCUUCAACAGCGACGACAUGGAGGAAGUCACCGACGACUUCCGGGGACGUACGUCACUGUUGGGUCUGGUGGACGGCGACUGCUCGUUGAAGAUGGACGCGGUCAGUGUGGAAGAUGCCUGGACUUACGAGGUGGCUCUGAAGAAGACUGGAGACUCUGUUUGGGGGAGGGCCAAAUCUUUCAGUUUGGAUGUUGUGGACACCCCGGAGGCUCCAGUUAUCAGCGGCGUGUCGUCAGCCACAGAUGGACAGGUGGUCACCUUCAACUGCAGCGUCAGCUACCAGUGCCCCUCCGGACCCCCGACCUUGCGUUGGCAAUGGGAGCGAGGAGUGCAGCCGGUGGGGGACCAGGAGGUGCGGACCCUCUACAACCAAGACCAUCAGCCGGUGCUCCAGACCUCACUCACCUUCAGGGUGUCGCGCCGCGUGAAGGCGGGCCUACGAUGUGAGCUCAUCUACCCAAGAGUACAGGUGGUGUCCACCUUCAAGGAUCUCCAUGUUACAUUCCCACCCAAAGAUGUGACGGUGCAGGUGCAGACCCUGAUGGUGCAGGAGGGGGGUAGCGCCCUGGUGGCCUGCUCGUGCAAAGCCGACCCGCCGGUGUCCGAGUACCGCUGGUCUUACAGCCACCGCGGCCGUACGAUCCACCUGGGCCAGCGCACGCACACCAUCCGCCUGUACAAUGUGACGCGGGACACGGCGGUCCGCUGCAUGGCCAAGAACCUGGUCGGACGAGCCCAGUCUCGGACCACCGUCCUCAAUGUUCAAUAUAAGCCCGUCAUCCAGCAACUGUCGUCAGCUUGCAUCCUGGAGGAUCGGGAGCUGCGUUGCGUCUGCUUGGCCCAGGCUAACCCGCUUCCCACCCUCAGAUGGAGCGUCAACGGCACCGCCCCGCCACGGGGCUACAACGCAUCCCUCUCAGCCAACGCCCUCACGGCCACUCUAAGGGGCCGGGUAGACGGGGGGCUACAGACGGUCGCCUGCUUGGCCCUCAACGCCCUCGGGAAUGACUCCAUGAUGCUGUGGCAGCGCCAAGGAGCACGAGACUCUUGGCUGCUGCUGUGGUUUUUGGUCCCUAUCGCCGCCGCCGCCAUCUUGUCCGGCAUUUCCCUGGCCGUGCUCGUUUUCUUCUGCUGCUGUCGAAAGAAGUUGGGCAAACACGUGCUUAGCGGACGCCCGUCAGGACCUGGACCGUACCAGGCCCGCAUGCCGGUCUACAUCAACUGCUCGGAGGUGAGCCACGUGUACACCAACGGGAGUUACCAGCUGCUCUACCAGAACUGCACACCACGCUUUGUGCGCACCAAACAGCUGCGUCCGAUGGGGAAAAGAGGCGGCGAGAGAAGGCAAGGGGGUCCGCGUGGAGGCGUGGACACACAAGUCACCACCAGGGAGGAGCAGGGUGUCACUGCGGCUGAUCCAGAAUCAGCCAUCUACCUGGAGGUCCUCUAAAAGUCUCACUGAGCGACGAUGACCCUGUGACCUUCCUCUGUACUCUGUUUUAUUUAUAUGACAGAUGAAAAGCUUUAAUGGCCACUUAGUCUGGUUUGAUUUGAUCUGUCCUACUUGUGCGCACAUAAAUUGAUUCUUGUUAAGACAUUUUAUGUUCCUCUACAGGCAAUAAGGCAUAAAAAGCUUUAUUGCAUUUGUGGGAAAAAAAGCAUACCACAAUGACAAUACACUUUUUUCCUGCUUGAAAAACAGGCUUUUAGCCCUCGUUGUGAUUAUUAAGUAAGAGUAAUGGACUUGUUGGGCGACUGGUUAGACCGUCAGCCUCACAGUUCUGAGGUGCGGGGUUCAAUCCCCAUCCCCGCCUGUGUGGAGUUUGCAUGUUCUCCCCGUGCCUGCAUGGGUUUUCUCCGGGCACUCCGAUUUCCUCCCACAUCCCAAAAAGAUGCAUUAAUUGGAGAUUCUAAAUUGCCCGUAGGCAUGACUGUGAGUGCGAAUGGUUGUUUGUCUCUAUGUGCCCUGCGAUUGGCUGGCAACCAGUUCAGGGUGUACCCCGCCUCCUGCCCGAUGACAGCUGGGAUAGGCUCCAGCACGCCCGCGACCCUAGUGAGGAGAAGCGGCUCAGAAAAUGGAUGGAUGGAGUUCAAGUAUCUUGGGGUCUUGUUCACGAGUGAGGGAAUAAUUGAAUGGGAGAUCGACAGGCGGAUCGGUGCAGCGUCUGCAGUGAUGCGGACUUUGUAUCGGACCGUUGUGGUAAAGAAGGAGCUAAGCCGAAAGGCGAAGCUCUCAAUUUACCGGUCGAUCCACUUUCCUACCCUCACCUAUGGUCACGAGCUGUGGGUCCUGACCGAAAGAACAAGAUCCCGGAUACAAGCGGCCAAAAUGAGUUUCCUCCGCAGGGUGUCCGGGCUCUCCCUUAGAGAUGGGGUGAGAAGCUUGGUCAUCCGGGAGGAUCUCAGAGUAGAGCCGCUGCUCCUUCACAUCGAGAGGAGCCCAGAUGAGGUGGCUGGGGUAUCUGAUUCGGAUGCCUCCCGGACGCCUCCCUGGUGAGGUGUUCCGGGCACGUCCCACCGGGAGGAGACCCCGGAGAUGACCCAGGACAUGCUGGAGAGACUACGUCUUUCGGCUGGGCUGGGAAUGCCUCGGGAUCCCCCCAGAAGAGCUGGAUGAAGUGGCUGGGGAGAGGGAAGUCUGGGCGUCCCUGCUAAAGCUACUGCCCCCGCGACCCAUCCUCGAAUAAGCAGUAGAAAAUGGAUGGAUGGAUGUAGAUUACAUUUUCAUUUAUAGCAUACACCCCUCUUGUUUUCUGAAUUUUUACUUUGAUCUUUGAACAUUUUGCUCCUGUUUUGCCUCUUGGUUGUUGUAAUAAUAAUAAAAACAUUCUCGCUUA